CUUGUCUCUUGUGUCGGUCUGCAGGUCUCCGACGUGAAUCCGAGAGACGUCUGGCCCAACAAAAGCAAACUAAAACAAUAUCUUUCCAGGUAGGAAUCACCGCAGUAGCAAGCUAGGUCUAUUUGUUGUUUCAGGUAAGGACAAUGCUUUAUGAUUCUGUUCUCGUUAAGCUGAUCGUCACAUUAAAAUACGGCAAAUUCAACGUCCCGUACACAUAGUCUGACUGCCUCUUCCGGCCCUUGUAUAAUUUAAAAAUAGCGCAACCUAUGCAGUGAGUCAAUUUUCGUCUUUAAGGGGCCACUGGGCAUUUUGGGGGGCUACCAUAAUUGUAUGUUAACUCGGAAUUUGAGCGAGCGAUUUGAAUACAAAUCAUGAAACAACGUGUACGACCUUAAUUCAUGGCGAAUGAGUGUAAACAUGUCGUGACUAGCUCUUAUUUCGAAAUCAUCACGUGAAUGUUACCUUUUAAUAUUUCUCCGAUCGUUUUAAUUACGCAAAUUCAGGUCUCCUAACUUCUUAUUUGUGUCAUAAAGUCUUCUACCCGACUCAGUUUCACUCUUGUACAUGCAAUUUCACAGAUUAAAAAAGAGAGGAGCAUCUUCAGUUUUUAUUAAGAGUUAAUUGAAGGUCUUCCACCCUUGACGAUCAAGGGAACAAUUCGGGGACACCUGACGCGUGUCUGACAUUUUUACUGCAGACCUGAUAACCUUGAUCAGUGUACUUGUAAGAGACAAAUUCGCAAAGGGCGCGCCACAAAUACAUGUAGCUGGCUGCGAGACCAUCGUCACCAUUGAAUAAAGCUCCGGAGGAAUAUAAUUUUUGAAAGACUACUUGAUAGUUUACUGUGUCGUUGAGAAAGGACUCGCGACUGUAACUUUUCAUACGGUUAAAUCAAGGAAUAGAAGGAGUAUUUCAGCCCCCCUCACUAAAAACAAAAACAAAACAAAGACCUACAAGCUUGCUUACUAGCUUAUCACAAAGAUAGAUUCAGUCAGGCGUAACAGAGUUCACUUUGUGUGGGUCUCAUUAAAUAAAAUGCAAAUUUAAAAAGUACACAGACUGAAUUAAUUGAUGUGAUUGACAAUAUCCUUACAAUCAGGGUGUUUUGUUUACACAAUUCUGAUUGUCGUGAAUUUUGUUUUUCACACCCCCCAUUACACCCACGCUAAGUCCAACAGGGACUGAACGGUUUUUUUCUGCCUGUGGAUCCAAUAUUUCUGGAAACAAAAACAAAAUUUAUGUGACUGGGGAGCCCAGGUUUCGUAAGCCCUCUGGUUGCUUCUGGGCUCCCUUGCCGACUUACAAUUCUUAUAUAAUUUAUUCUUGCAUUGUAAUUUACUUUGCCUAAAUAAAACUGAACUUAAUGAUGCUAAAACGUGAGAAUUUGUUCUCAAAUUGAUCGUCUAUAAGCCCACACACUCCUUUCUCCGGAUAAUGGCUAACUCUAUUCUCUGCACGCGUCUUCUCCAGUUCGCGCGUGUCUCAUGUUCCUCGCUCGCUUCACGCUUGCAAGUUCGUUCGCCUCAGAAAACACGAAAAACUAACACGUGCGGCGAAUGAAAUUUUUUCUGUGAGGCAUCAAUUUAAUAUUGGGAAACUGGACUGAAUUACCUCGGUCUGUCAGGCAACCCAAAGGUCAGAAAUGAUCAGCAAUGGUUAUUCUAUUCCCCCAGUCUAACCGCGCGUAAAAAAAUCUUUUAAAGUGGCUGAACACCGUUUGAUAGGUUGUGGAUCGUCACCAUGCAUUGGGGUAUUAUUUAACACUCGUAUCAGGUAUAAAGCUGAAAUUUGUAGCGGACAAAAUAUAUUUAUAAAACAUGACCUUAAUUAGGUUAAAAGUUAGAUUAGGAUCGUUGUCAUGGUAGCAAGGAUGAUGGAAAACAAGCCUAAACUUUUGAAUUUAUUAGGCUUAGGCAAAAUCCAGUCAUUAGAUUUUCUCAUAUAUUUGCACGUAGCUUACAAUAGUAAACCUAAUUUUUUAAAAACAACCUAACAAAAUUGUAGCAAGCAGUUUUUGAAAUUUUUGAAAGAAAUAGCUUUUACGAGAGACUCAAUUGUGUUACAAAACUCCUUAGUUUAACACAUAUUUUGAGGCUUUCAUUGACUGAAGUGUGAUCUGAGCAAAUUCUACCUAAUUUUGUCAAAUUUUAAUGUGUAGGUUUGAAGAUGUUGUCGUUUGUUUACAUUGCUUAUGAAAGUCAACAAGACAAACACUCUCACGUUGCUUGUAAGUACGCAUGAUCAGCACUGGCACGUUCUAAAAUCAGGUUAUGUCUCAAAGGAGACGAACAUAGAAUAAAUUUCUCCUCUCUGGGCCCAGUUGUUCGAAGGCCGAUUAGCGCUAACCAAGGGUUAAAUUUUAACCCGGACUGCUUAUCUCCUCAUGAUAAAGAUGUUAACAUGCACAGUAAAGGGAUAACCUUAAUCAGCACAGACAUGUCCUAGGAAUUUUCCUCUUAAAGUCCAAAAGGCGACUUUUUAAGAACAGUCCUUGCUAAAGGAACUAUCAAUCAAGCAAUGUGAUGGAACUUAGCUUUGAUCCCUGCUCCCAAUGCAAGGAUGUAAUGCUAUGAGAAUGAAUGAAUGAAUAAUGAUCAUCAUCAUCAUCAUCAUCAUUGUCAUAAUAUCAAUAAUAACAACAAUGACAAAAAUAAUAACAACAAUAAUAAAGAUAAUAAUAAUAACAGGAUAUAAUAGUGACAAUAACAUACCUAAAACAAAAACAUGUUGGGUUUGAAGCGAGUUCACGUAAACUGGUGUCCUUUUAAGUCGAGGGAAUCCGACUUUUUAAAAAAAACUCCUUGCUUAAGGAACUAUCAAUCAAGCCCCGCAAUGUGAGAGAACUUAGCUUGGAUCCCCGUUCCCAAUGCAAGGAAGUAAUGCUACAAGAAUGAAUGAAUGAAUGAAUGAAUGAAUGAAUGAAUGAAUGAAUGAAUGAAUAAUUAUCAUCAUCAUCAUCAUCAUCAUCAUCAUCAUCAUGUCAAUAAUAACAACAACAAUGAUAAUAAUAAUAAAAAUAACAAUAAUAAUGAUAAUAGUAAUAAUAGGAUAUAAUAGUGACAAUAACGUACCUAAAACAAAAACAUGUUGGGUUUAAAGCGAGUUCGCGUAAACUGGUGUCCUAUUAAGUCGAGGAAACCUGAUAAUUAACUACUUUGAAUAACAACAAAUUGAAAUCGUGCUUAAUUAUUAGAGGAACUUUUAGAAAACAAUCCAACAGUAGUGCGUGAGCGUGUGUGUUUACUUUAAUUGCGUGACACGUCUUUCAUUCCCCUCAUGUGUUUACUUGGGGAAAUGUCGUCUGAAACACACUCCGUGUCUUACAAAAUUAUUACGUUAAAUUCGAAAAUACUAGGAAGUGGAGGCUAAGCAGUUGCCUUUAUAUUUUCCAUAUUGUCCAACAUAUGAAGACUUUUAUGCAGACUUUCGGACGUUUGCGGUGAAGAAAAUUGAGUGACAUUUGUGCUUCCUUUGCUUCACUUCCUGGUUGAGUCGAUUUUCGUCUUCCUCGUAAGACAGCUUGCAAACUCGAAAUUCAACGACGAAAUACACCGUCUUCAAUAUGGAACGGAACAAUUUUAACAGCAAACGAAUGAAUGUAUUAUUCGUGAUAAGAUUCGACAUGCUUUACCCUCACUUUGUCGCUCCAAAUUAAAGUUAUCAAGUUACGAACUUUCUGGAGUUGUUACCAUAAAUGAUCGAGUCGAUCGAGAAGGCGCUAAAAAAAAGUCUGAAACCUGUAGGCUGCAAUUAAUAUUGUCGUACCUCAAUGCUGUAAGUUGUGUUCCUCCUGCUUCUCCAACCGCUAUGACGCAGAAAAUAAUUAGAAAGGUUACGAGUUUUAGGCUUUUCUAAGCCAAAACAAAGUGCACAUCGAGCGUGAAAAGAUCAGUCGCACGUGUUUGUGUUUGUGCAUGCGCGUCUUGCUUUGUUCUGUUUUGGCGCGAAUUUUGUGUUCGCGUUCCUCGCUCAAGGAGUCAAGGAAGAAAACAUGUUUCGGAAUGCGGAAACUGACAUUUUCUUAUUGUAAUUGUAGAGAAGUAUAAAAAAGUUUUUGGGGACGCUUUGUUUCCUGAACGCAAAUUAAUCAAGUUAAAAUUAUUUCACAGACGCAAAGUUUAAAAAUUUUGCAACAGUGUUUCCCUUGCCAUUACAGAGUUUCGUUUUCCUUCACUCGAACGACCCCGUGAUCCUUUUUUGAAAAAUGAUAUCAAAAAUUUCUUUUAACUACUACAAGAGCAAAAACCUUUUCUUCUGUCAAAACAGACGUCGUUCACCACAACGUUUUCCUUUUAUUAGCAGGACUCUUCUCCAGGUAUCCGUUUAAGGCCCGUCAGUAGAAAAACCCUCGACUAAGAACCGGGUUUUUAAGAACCUGUUAGGCUAAAAUUUUCCUGUUGGGUCCCUCUAUACAAGAACCUGCUCAACCUAAAAUUUGAAACCGGUUCUUUUUUCUAAAAUCUAUCUUUAAAAAAAUUGUUUGUGCACUUGGCCGAAUAAGAUAAGUCAAGAUUCAGGAUCCUCUUUGGAGACAUAGGUACCUUAUGACUCCAACUGAAGUUGUUAUGGUAUACAGGUCUUACCUAAGGAAUGAGCUGAAUACCACUAAAUACUCUUAGGUACAAGGUAUUGGUAUUUCUUCUUCAGAUAAUAAGAACCUAUUUAAGAACCUAAAUAGCCUAAAUUUGUGCUAAUUACCAUUUCAGUAAGAAGCUGUUUGGGCUAAAUUGGGAAAAUGCAGGUUCUGAGGUCGCAACCUCGUUUAGUUCGAAGGGUUCUCUCCUACCUGUCCCUACGGAGCGAGAGAACCUGGAAACGAGGUUGUUUGAUUCGUGGAUUCUAAUAUCAAUUCAACAAAUUAUUUAACACUUUUCUCUACAGUUUUCUUAACAACAGAAGAAGCGAUGGCAGAAAAUGAUGCAAUGACAGCAGACACAGGAGCCAGGAGUUUAGUUCCAGAUGAGGAGGACGACAAAAUCACACCAGAUGAGCGAAAAAAAGAAAAGCGAAAGAUCACUAAGAAUGUUUUCGUAAUCAGCUUUGGCUUCCUCUUUCUUUUCACUGCGUUCCAGUCCCUUCAAAAUUUACAGAGCAGCUUAAACAAGGAUGAGGGUCUGGGUCUAGCAUCGCUGUGCGUGAUUUAUGCAGCCCUGAUUUUAUCGUGUAUUUUUGUUCCCCCCUUUGUGAUUGGAAGACUUGGUUGCAAGUGGACUCUGGUGCUUUCUAUGACGGGAUAUGUGUUGUACACAGUAUCCAAUUACUACGCUCGUUGGGGAACGCUUAUACCUGCGUCUAUAAUCAUUGGUGGGUUCACGGUGAUAGUAAACGGUUGUUUUGUUUUGUUUCUUUUUAGGUGUGUUCUGUAAGUUAAAUAAUUGUCUCUUUUUAACAAGUUCCACUUAUACUCUUAUCCAAUAAACACCCUCUCACAAUCGUUAUAAAACUGAUAGACGCCAAAGGCUAUUACAAGGGUCACUUACCGUCUCGGGUUGGGAGAGGGGAGCGGGGUGAUAGGGGGUUCAAACCUCCCGCCUCCCGUACCUAGCAUUCCUGGUCCCCCCUUUUUUCUUGGAUUCCUCCGUUUUUAGGACUAUGGCGCUUGUGAAAUAUUAAGCAUUAUUGGGUAAAUUCCCCCUAAUUCUCCCGUUUCCCACCCUUUCCUCCUUUUUCUGGGAAAAAUAAUGAAAUCGUUGUUAUUGUUGUUGCUGCUGACAGUAUUACGGCUAUAAAGGGAAACUAUCAGUUCGAGACCUUAGUAUGUAACCGUAUAUCAGAGCGUGACUGCUGAAGACAGUUUGACUGUGUAUUCUCCUCUUUUUUUUUUCUUUUUCAGGUAUGUGUGCGGCACCCCUUUGGUCUUCAAAAUGCGCCUAUCUUACCACAACAGGUAUUCGAUACUCGCAGCUGAGCCGUGAAACCCAAGACGCCGUGGUAACGCGUUACUUUGGCAUCUUUUUCCUGAUCUUCCAGAGUGGUCAGAUCUGGGGCAACCUAAUCUCAUCGCUUGUCCUCCAACAGGGCAUGGAGGACAAGUUCCGGGAUAACGCUGGUGAUGUUUGCGGGGCAAAUUUCUGUAAGCAUCCUCCUGCCCUGAGUAACACCACAGGAGAGUACAACCGUAGCUUGGUUAUCAAUCUUUUGAGUAUUUACGUGGGGAUCGGGGUAUUCGCCGUGUUAUUUGUUAUCGUUUUACUCGAUCGCCUCACUGGGGACCUGGACCGAAGGAAGGAACAAGAGUCCAGUAUAAGUCUGCUGAUCGCCACUAUCAAGCACUUGAAAGACAAGCGCAUGUUGCUGGUGUUACCGCUGACCAUGUUCAGUGGGCUUGAACAGGCCUUUACCUUUGGGGAUUUUACUUCGGUAUGUUACUUGAAUUUGAUUAUAUCAAUAUUUUUAUGAUAUCUAAAAUAUAGUGUUCUUUCUUUGAGCUUGUCCGGGAAAUUUGGUAAAUCGUGAGCUCGAUGCAAUUAUUUAUUGAAGGAUUUAAUGUCUUCAAAAUCAACCGUGGAAUUUUAGGCAUCCUACUGAUGAACGGGUUUCGACAGUUAGAUAUUUAAUUUACUGACAAAAAUAUCGCUUACAGACUGUCUCCUCUGAAUUAUAUAUUAGUAUUAUUUAUUACAAUGACAAUAAAUACUCAAGAAAAAGCUAUAACAAAAGAUUGUAAAUAAACUGUCCUGGAGUUAAAAAUGCAACCACUGGCCAAGGAUAAUGAUGUGCAGUUUGUACUGUGUAAAGAGAUACUACUUUCAGUCAGUAAAGGAUUCAUCAAUUAGUGUUACAUUUGUUUAAGUGGUUAAGGUGUGGUUACAAUUGGCCAUUUUCGAGUUACCACCAAGCCUCUGUUUUAAAGCGAGGCUUAGUGCAAAGCCAUUGACACGAAAAUUAUUUUACAUCAUCAUGCAAAUGAAACUCAUUAUCACAAGAAAAGUUUUACAAUUAGCUUCGUUUUGAAAGUGGACCUUUUUCGAACUCGGAAAUGAAAGCGCAAUGUCAUCUGUAUUUUAAAGCCUUUCCACAGCUGCAAGCGCCAACUAAUGAGAAUACACUUAUAGUUAUAGUGUAAAAAACAAAAAAAAAAAAACAGCUAAAAGGUUUUGUUUUAUUUAUUUUUUUAUUCAGGCGUUCGUGACGUGCUCACUGGGUAUCCAUCGUGUUGGCUUCGUUAUGAUUUGCUUCGGUGCAACAGACGCGUUUUUCUCGCUGACGCUUGGCCGCCUGACCAAAUACACGGGAAGAAUUCCUGUAUUCAUCAGCGGAGCGGUGAUUCAUUACGCUGUCAUUAUCAUCAUGCUGAUUUGGCGGCCUGACUACAAUCUGAUAUGGGUGUUUUAUAUAGUCGCUGCCCUACUGGGAUACUGUGAUGCUGUCUGGCAGACACAGAUUAAUGGUAAGACUUAGUUCUGUUGCUUUGACUGCAAUGUUACUAAUGGCCCCGUAGAAGAGAUAAGGAGACUGGUGCCGAAAUGUGUCCCGCAAUUAUUUCUGGGAUAGUUAGACCUAGUUACAGUCCCAAAAUUCUUUGCGAAAGUUAACUCGGCCCAGUUCCCUUUUCAUUUCUAAAGUGGCGUAUCAAAAUACCUAUAGAUGCCAUGUACAGUCCGGAACAAUGGUAAGAGCUGGUAUCACUGUUAAGUUAGUCCCGUGUUUAUCCUUCUGCGGUAAGACCUUGCGAUGUUGCCAAGCUACCAAGUUGUUAUAGCUACCGUGUAUCCCUCAGAUUUAUAUUAAGACCAAGUCCUUGUACUGUGCUUUUAUCAAAUCAUCUGUCUACUUUGCAUCAGUAAAUUUUAUUCUCACAACAUAAAUACUUAGUAGUUGGAAUGGACACACUACUAUAGUUGCAUACUUCUUGGGGACAUAAUAGAAAUAGAUACACGAAUUUUAUUAUUUUGCCAAGCUUUAAACAGGCCUUGAACAAAAUGGGAACAAGUCCGUUGGCGACAAUUGAUAUCAUUUUACGUUUUAUUUCUGAUUAAAAAUUUAAUUAUUCAGUUUUCUUAGGUCAAAAACAAACUAAAAAUAUGAUAAAGCUUUUCAGGGCUACACUCACCCGGACAAUUCCACCUAUUUAUGAAAUGACUCCUCAGUUCAAAAUAUUUACUCUAAAGAUAAACUGUUGCCGCCCAACGUGGGGCUCGAACCCACGACCCUGAGAUUAAGAGUCUCAUGCUCUACCGACUGAGCUAGCCGGGCGCGAUGAGUUUGUAUGCAAAUCAAAUUCCACUAUGGGCUGUUUACUAAACAUUUUUGUGACUCCGUUGGUAAAUUAAUAACUGCAUUAGAGAGAUUAUGAUUCACGUUUACGCCAAACGGCAAACAUGGAUUUGUACCACAUGACCAAGUUUUCCCCUUAAUUGUCGUUUACUGUUUAUUACAUCUACACAAAAAAUAAGUAGUUUCACGCCGGUUUUAUCCAUAAGAAUUGUUCAGGACAGUUUUCAUCUGCUUAUUUUCUAUUCUGAGAAAUUCUCAACUUGAAUCUGACGUUUGCCGUUUGCCGUAAACGUGAGUCUUAAUCUCUCUAUUAAUUGCGGUGAGCCAUUUUAAGAUUGCGCUAAGGACUGGAUCAGAGUUGGGCUGAAUUAAAUUGUGGGACUGUUUUGGAGAACUGACGAAUGAAAACAAACAGCCAAUAAACGAAGAGCUAGCGUCCGGGAAACAGUCCCAUAAUGCAAUUCCACACAACUCUUGCCCAGUUUCAUGCGCAGCCUCAAAUUGACAGAUAACUCUACUAAAAAGGAGACGGUUAAAAUGGACCUGAAAAAAAAAAAAUCGAGCUUCAUGGAAGAUAAGGUUCUAUAUAAAGUUUAUAAACUUACACAGAUUUUCUUUCCGGUUUUAGAUAUGAUAAAUUUAUAUACAUCCUGCCUUUGUAACUUCCUGUUUCUGUUUUGUGUUGUAAAAAAAUACAUAAAAACAAAGCGCCCAACGUGGGGCUCGAACCCACGACCCUGAGAUUAAGAGUCUCAUGCUCUACCGACUGAGCUAGCCGGGCGAGAUGUGUUUGACUAACAUUACAGCAAGGAGCUCAAAAGUUUGACCUCAUUUAAUGAAUUCAUAUUCUUUCAUGCAGACAUUAACCAAUCAGAAGUAGUGAACAGCGUCCAGUUGGCUUCUGAUUGGAUUAAAUUUGCACGAAAGAAUGUGCUGCGUUCACACUAUACCGGAUAGCUUUUCUUGCCAACGCUAAAAGCUACCUGGUAUACAAUGAACACCUAUCCGAUAUGUUACUGUCCACUUUAGAGAUGGGCACGGCGCAGCUUCGCUCCGGUACAAAAAUUGCGCCGAAAUCAACUCUCUUAUACAGCUAUUUCAAGAAAGGUUGUCGGAAAAAGUGCACGCGACAAUCCCAAAAGGUAUUGUGGGUGAUCUUGAGUUCACUGUUUUUCAAAGAAAUUUCAAAGGAUGGCACGAGAAACCAUGGACGUAUGUUUGCGAGUGCUAAAGGAAAGCAACAAAGUUAGAUUCGGCAGCUACAGUGUCAGGAAAAGUGCAUUGAUCAUAUCCCAUAUUACCUUUCGGGAUUGUCGCGUGCACAGUUCUUCGGACAACCUUUCUCGAAAUAGCUGUAUGUGAACAGAAAUCCGGCCUAUCGGGUAUCGUUUUCGUCCGGGUGCGAAAGCUACCCGGUAUAGAGUGAACAUGGCUUUUAAUUCGUCUAUUUGAGUCGCAGUAACCAACUCUUUUGUGGGGGGAGAUGUACGUCUUACAGAGUUGUCUGUUAACCUUUUCACUCCCAAAGAGUCCAAAGUCAAAUCAACAAUAUUUCAUUUUGUUAAAUACUGAAUGAAACAAAUUGUACUACGUAAAAGUGCUGUCAAAGAGCCUUCAUUUAAAUGGUCUCACCUUGAGAUUUUGUCCACAGACUCAAAAGUUAGAACCACAAGACUGCAUUAUUCACUCUGAGUAAAAGCGUUAAAACAGAGUUGACUGGCUAUAUAAUCAAACGAGCUGAAAGCGCGAAUAAACUGCGGUGGCCAGUGGCGUAAUUCCUUUUUUUUCUCCCUGUUCUUUUGUUCUCUUUUCGCAGCUAUGUACGGCGUGUUUUUCCACGACAACCAAGAACCUGCCUUCUCAAACUAUCGUCUCUGGGAAUCUCUUGGCUUUGUGUUGGCUUUUGCUUAUGCUAACUUUCUGUGCAUCAGGGUUAAGCUUAUAAUUCUGCUUCUGGUGUUGACCAUCAGCAUGAUUGGUUACAUCCUCGCUGAGUACAUUCACAGAAAGCAAGUGGAUCAAGAAUACUCGGUUGCAAUGGAGAGCGUGGCUUUAAAAGAAACCAAAAAUAACUCGGGUUGAAGCAAUAAACGCAUGUUUUGGGGUGGAUUGAUCAUUCUAACUGUCUUAGACUGACCGAAAUCCUCCUUCUCUAACUAAUCAGUGGUCUGGUGAACAAAAAGGUUAUAAGAGUAGUGAAUAAAGUAAGGUCAUUAGAGUGAUUUUACUUAACCCUUGAAACAGGUAGUAGAAUACUACGCAUUAUUAUGCACUAAUUCUACUGGCUAGUUUUGUUUGCCUCUUGCUAUUUUGCACUGUAUGUUAGUAUCAGACUGUUUCACGGUUCAAGUUAAAUCACUCUACAGACAAAAGAUAGCGAAGAAAUUCUCCGUAAUGCAACCAGAACGAAUGUAAGUUAAGCAAUCUGGGGUUUAAGGCCAGAAAAACGUUGAUAUCGUUCGUAACCGACGUCCGUGUUGUGAUUUUCAUAUUUCAAAUCGAAAAAAGCCAGCUUUGCUUCGUCCUUUUCCAUUAAAGCGGCCUCCUAAUAAGAGAACGAGUUGUAAGGUCUCAUAUGAGGCAACUGUGAGUGCUUCAAAACUGAAAUAAAAAAAAUUAGGGCCGGUUUCAUGGAAAGAAUCCCGGCUGGGACUUAUAGUUAUCAGUCCACAAAAAUCUGGAAUGAUUUUGGAACAAAGAGGGAGCCCUAUCCCCUGACAAUAAUGUCUUUCAGAUGUGAAUCUUAUCGCAUG